AUGUCGAUAGUCCCCAGACGUUUUGGUUCGAGGCAUGCAGGGAACUUGCACAAGCUCCGAGGUCCCCCGCGCUUCGAAGGCCGCGUGAAGUGGUUCAGCAAAGAGAAAGGCUUUGGCAAGAUCCUGCCGAGUACUUCUGCUGGCCAGAUGGUGGACGAGGUGUUCGUCCACAAGAGCCGAUUUGAGGGAGGACCCGAGGGCCCACAUGCGCAGGCAGUGUCCGAGGGGGCCGCGGUCACCUACGAAGUGAUCACUUCCCAAGUUGAUGGGAAGCCAACAGCUUGCAACGUGCAGGUUGGGCCCUGCUUUGCCGCCUUAGCUAAGCUUGCAUGUUCAGAGUUUCAUGUUCGGCCGCUUCAAACAGAAGAGUCAUUUGCCCAGCCAAUACGGUGCAUGUCAGUUUCCAGCUGCGAUGAGGACUCCGCGCAGGAAGAACCGAUCACGGGAAUGAAGCUAUUGCUCAGUGAAGAGGCGUUUGGGGCCUUGAAGAGACUGCAGGAUCGCAGGACCAGCUCCAGUGCUUCUUCCAGCUCCACGGAGCCAUCGGCUUCCACAGAUCUGCCAUCCUCCCCAGAGGCAUCAGUUCUCACAGUGGAGCAGCGGCUACAUCAGCUCAGACUGGCACUAGCUGCUCCUGAGAUUUUGGAGGAGCCUGACCCACGCACCGAGAGGAAACAACGAAGAAGGAGGAGUGUGACGGAGGUGGUCACGAUGUCCAGCUCCAGCGAUGGCUCCCACACGUCAUCCGACAGCAAGCCUCAGGGACAGAGCGCACUUUAUGGCCUGAUUGGUGCAGUCGGCCUUGUCGAAGGAGCUGACCUUGUCGUGCUCCCGGCCCUUGCGUCCUCCUUGCAAGCCGACCUCAAUCUUACCCAGGAGGACGUAGCUCUCCUGGUACUCGUGCAGGCACUGUGUCUAGCGGCAGCUUCGCCUGUGUGGGCAGCAUUGGCGGAUAGUGCAUCAGCCAAUCGGAAGACCCUGAUGGUGCUGGGGGCGUUCCUCCAGGGUCUGUUCACUUGCCUCCUUCCCACAACAUCGGCGUGGGCGCCCCUUGUGGCCCUCGGCGCCCUGAACGCCUUAGCCAAGGCCUCCCUCCGCCCGGUCAGCUUUGGCCUCAUCGCCGAGGUGACUCGCGAGUUCCGCGGAUCAGCCUUCGGCGUCCUUUUCGCCGCGCUCUAUGCAGGGAUCGGCCUCGCAUUCUGGGCCAGCCCGUGGCUCGCGACGCAUCGCUUUCUGGGCAUAGAGGGCUGGAGGCUCCCGGUGCUCGGCGUGGGUGUUAUCGCUAUCCUUACAAGCUUCAUUGUCUCAUUGCUGCUGCAAGAACCAGCGCGUGAGCCUCCUGCAGUGGAUGAAGAGCAAGGUAUCAGAGCCGAGUUCUGGCGGCUGCAGGGUUACUGCAAGUUCCCUUCUUUCUUGCUCCUCUUUUUCCAAGCCUGCAUCAUGUGCAUACCGUGGGCGGCGAUGGGAUAUAGGACACUCUUCCUGAAAGCGUACGGGUUUGACGAAUGGGAGGUGACAGUUUUGUGCUCGUCGGCGCAGGGCUCAGCUGCCCUGGGUGCCCUGUUCGGCGGAGUGCUGGCCGACCUCGUGGCCAGGUUUCUGCCCACCCACGGGCGUCCCUGUGUCGCACAGGCUUCUCUGGUGCUGAGCUUCCCACUCUUUAUCCUGUCAUUCCUCGUCUCGCCGCCGGAGGGAUGGCCGUUCUCCUACGAGAUGUGCUUGAUCUGCGGAUCUGCUUUUGUGGCCAGCUGGACCGUGGGGGCCUGCCUGCCGAUGCUCGCCGAGCUCGCUCCGUGGGGCCGGAGGAGCGGCAUCCUGGCCUGGCAGGGAGCGUUGGAGGGCGCCGUCGGCUGCCUGGUGACGUCUUCCAUGGAAGUUUUAGCACCUCGCGUGUUCGGCCACAGCCUGGGGAUCCUUCCUCCACUCAACGGCAUCAAGAUCGUCGUUUCUGAGUACGACACAUCGGCACAGGAUGUGACGGGUUUUAGCGAUCCGGAAGACAGGGCACAUCUGGCAAAGAUCGUUGUGGUGUUGAUGGCAGCCUCUUGGGGCUUGUGCUUCCUGUGCUACAGCAUGCUGCACUGGAGCUACCCCAGGGAUCUGCUGCGUGCACAGCACAUGAGAUCAGAGGAGGCUGAAAAAGCGUGUGCGCUCAGAAGCUAG